GGAGUGAUCUGUGUUGUGUGUGCGUGUGUCGCCGUGUGGCAACAGUUGCCUUGGUUGUGUGCGCCAUAGCCACCGUAGUCACGGCGACUGUUUCCCGCCAACAACACCAACCACAAGGUUUCACCGAGGCUGUGUGAUGGCAACACAGCCCUUCGUGACAGACAUGGCGGCAAUCCAAGCGACAGCGGCCCCGGCCCCGUCAGCCCCCCAGGGGGGUCAGGAAGCGAGCACCAGUAUCAUCCAGGCCACCCCCCAGUCUCAACAGAGCCUACAGCAGCAGCAGUUUGUACAAGUCUCAACAGCGGGACACGUGAUUGUUGCAGGUGAUAAGUACCAGGAUGGACAGCUGCAGGAGGGCAGCGGGAGCGGCGGCGGAGGUGACACGGUCAUGCAGGCGUCGUCCCAGCCCCAGGCGGUCUACGCCGGACAUGUGCAGUACGUGGAAGCCAGCGAUCCAAGCACAGCCAAUAUCUAUGCCAAUGGAACUAUCCCAACCACCUAUACCUACAGCGACGCGCAGAUUUACACACAGGCGGGGCAGACUGCGUACUUCGACGCCGGCCAGACUACCACAGCAGGUAGGCAGCAGCUAGGUGUGGUCACCACCUUGACGUCAGGAGCCAUGGGGGUUCAGCCCGCGCAGGCGACAGUCAACCCCGCGCUCCUGGCCACGGGAGGGACGUACAUCAUACAGGGCAUGGAUCACAGUCACUUAGCCCGCGCACAUCCCGGCGCAUCGGGCCAUCCUGUCACAUACCCCACACGGGCUUCUCCUAUCACGCGGGAUUUGUGGGACUCCGUACAACAAAGACCGCUGAUACAAUGGUUGUUAGAGAACUAUGAAACGGCAGAAGGCGUGAGCCUGCCCCGCAGCACGCUGUACAACCACUAUCUGCGGCACUGUCAGGAACACAAACUCGACCCCGUCAACGCAGCGUCCUUCGGCAAGCUCAUUCGCUCUGUCUUUCUGGGGUUGAGAACGCGAAGACUAGGAACAAGGGGGAACUCCAAGUAUCAUUACUAUGGCAUCCGGAUCAAAGCCACCUCGCCGCUAAACAGACUACAGGAAGACCAGGGUCACAUGGCCAUGCGACAACAGCCCAUUAACCAGGGCAAGCGGUACAUGUUCAAACCGACAGUCCCGCGGCCCGAGGGUCUCGGGGACGGUGGGGCAGACCAGGCGGCCAGCGGGGCCGGCGACUCCAGCCAAUCACAGCAGCAGCAGCACCAGCAGUUCCUGGGCGACGCCUCCAGCGCCCUCCCCACCUUCCCGGACAUCAGCACGGCGUCGGAGCCCGUCCCCAGCGGAGUCACGGCCGACGACGUCAAGACUUUCCAGACUCUGUACAAGGAACACUGCGAGGCGAUCCUGGACGUGGUGGUGAACCUACAGUUUGCGCUGAUCGAGCAGGUCUGGAGAACGUUCUGGAGGAACCCGACGGAGAGCGGGGAGGGUCAGAACGACGCGGACAUGGAGAAGAGACUGACCAAAGACAAGCUGUUCAUCUUGUGCGACUACGAGCCGGUGUGCGCGUUCAUGCGCUCGUGCGACCACGUGUUCUACCAGUCACUAGUGGAGGUCCUCAUUCCUGAUGUUCUCAGGCCCAUUCCAAGUGCCCUUACUCAGGCCAUCCGGAACUUUGCCAAGUCCCUGGAAGGCUGGCUGUCAGCAGCCAUGACCAACAUUCCAAAGAAGAUGGUGAAGACCAAGCUUUCAGCAGUGAACGCGUUCUCUCAGACAUUACGGAGGUACACGUCGCUGAACCACCUGGCCCAAGCCGCGCGCGCCGUCCUGCAGAACACCUCACAGAUCAACCAGAUGCUUAGCGACUUGAACAGGGUGGACUUCGCACACGUACAGGAGCAAGCGUCGUGGGUGUGCCAGUGUGAUGACGCCGUGGUGCACAGGUUAGAGCAGGACUUCAAGAUGACCCUGCAGCAGCAGAACUCGCUGGAGGCCUGGGCGGUGUGGCUGGACAGCGUGGUCAACCAGGUCCUCAAGCCGUACGAGGGCAGCGACACCUUCCCCAAGGCAGCCCGCCAGUUCCUGCUCAAGUGGUCCUUCUACAGCUCUAUGGUGAUCCGUGACCUGACCCUGCGUAGCGCGGCCAGCUUCGGAUCCUUCCACCUGAUUCGCCUGUUGUACGACGAGUACAUGUUCUACCUCAUCGAGCACAGAGUCGCGGCCGCCACGGGAGAGACACCGAUCGCAGUCAUGGGUGAGUAUCUACACAUGGGUUCAGAGUUGGAUUGGGACGAGGGCAUGAGUGAGCAAGAGAGUAAACUCCUGGAGAUGAAGGAAGGUGAUGAGAUCGAAGAGGUUCCCCAGCCGGGCACGUCCUCCGACUCCGUUCCCGCGCCCAACGGCACCGACGAGCCCAGCAUCAAGAUCCAGAAGCUGAACUAGCUACACCCCCAGACGGCCCAGCGUAGAGACAGGACACUUUAGCUACUGUAGUGGUGCUGUCCCCGCCGGUUUUGAUAACAAGUUGUGCGGACCAUGCCCCUUCUUUACUUCCCCCCAGAGCAUGCUGCAAGUAUUUUGGUGCUUUUUUUCAGUCGCUAUCUACCGUAAUUCACGACUUUUUCUCGAUAUGUUUAUGUUCGCGGCUUUCACUUCAGUACCACAAACUUAUCAUUACCGUUAACAAUUCAUGGACUUUCUUUUUUCUGCACCUGCCACCACUGAAUAUAUAGUUCCACAAACAUAUUCAUUUUUCUCAGACCGUGAACGUUUGCAACCACGAAAAGUGAAUUACAGUAUUCCGCUUGUAGCACUAAGGUCAUAUGAUAGUAAUUCGUUCAUCUUCAUUCAAACUAAAUGCAAAUGUAAUGAUACUGUAUGUAAUUGUUUUUAAAUCCGACUCUUUGCUGCUCCCUGUCUAUACUACUUGUACAGCAUUCUUGUGACACAAAAAGUCACAACUUAAACAUUGUUGGAUUCUUCCUUUUGUUUCUACUAUUGGUAAUACUACUAUGGAAAACAUCGGAUGUAUUUGGCUUAGGUUUUUGGGGGAACAUUUUCUAGUUGGCGUCAUGAUUUGGGAGAAUUUUUAAUAUCCAAUUGUACAUUGCUGACAUAGGGAACAACACUAAUAUGAAUUUGUGUGUGGUAUUCAAAGUUCAAAUACAUUACUGUGUGUUGCUUGUGUUUAAAAACCAUUUUGGCAGUGUAAAGAAUUUUGUGUCUAUCAUAUCACUUAAGGACAAAGCUGUUACAAGCAGUGUGGACAAAAGCACAACUUUUCUACUGUUUAUAAAAUGUAUUCUAUAAAUAAAAUAAAAACUACAGCAACCACAGUAAAUGGGAACAAAUCUAAUCUGGCCAACAAUUUCUGAAGGCCAACAAUUUUUAUGAGUGAUUUAUUUAUUUCAGAAUGAAUACCUGUAAAUCUGGUUGAAAUUGAAUUGUGUGUAAAGAUUAGUGAAGUAGAGUUGUUGUUUUUUUUUUUCAUUUCUUUAGGUGGUUGUUAGUACUUAGAUUGUAUUGUUGUAGGACUGAAUGUAAGUAUUUGUAUACAGUGCACAGAUUUACUUGUGACGAGGGAAAUUAUUUUUCCCUUACUAUUUGUAAACAAGUGUUUUUAAUAUUCAUGUUUUUUGGUCUGUAUAUUGAAUAAUUCAAUGUGUAAUGCACAACCACAGAGGGGCCUUCAAUGUGGCGAUAUGCAAAACCAUUCAUGUUUUUGUGACUAAAAAAAUUUCUAGGAAUAUCUGUUUUUCCUUUGUUUGCUAGGAAAUAGCCUUUUUAGCAACAUGUAGAAGAACUUUUGUAGUUUUGUGUUUUUUUUGGUGCGACAUUAUAUUGUGUGUUUCCGUGUGUUACGCUUUAUGAAAUGUAUAGUUGACAGCUUUUGAUUUGUAUUCGUUUUGACAACAUUGUAUAAUUUAUUUGCAACUCCAGUGAAAAUUGUUGCUGUUUCAGCGGAAGUUUUGGAUGUUGUUUUGCAGGCUAGUCAAAAACUGCUGUUACGACACGAACAGUAUUUUCCAACGAAAAAAUGCCUUUCAUUUCGACGACUCUGCCAAAACAGACAUCGGUAGUGCUAGCAAGCAGUUUUCGUUUUGUCUGUGAUGCUUCAAAGUGUUGUCUCUGCAAAUGCGUGUCAUUAUAAUUAUGUGUUGAUUCACAACAAGUUACAUGGAGGAAGUAUAAAAUGGUGCACUGACCAAACCUUUCCCCACAACUCGGAACUAGAUGGCAAAACGUAGGGGAACAACUUAAACAUGUAGAUUACAGUGUAAGAGUAGCCAGAUAUCUACAAGUGAAGUUGUGGGAGAGGAUUUGGAAAGGGUGGUUGAAAGCUAUUUUUGCUACAAUCUUGACAGAAAAUCAGUAUGUUUGCACACCCAAGCAGUAAGGUUUUUUUGUAACUACAGCUCAAAGAGAGUGGAUUAAAAUAUCACAAACAGAACCC